GAUUUUGGCUGAUAAAACGCUUGUGCUACCAUGUUUACGGUGGUCCCUUCGAGAUUCGCUGGACUGAAAAUCGAAGACGAUGACGAUGGGUUUAGGAAACCGAAGCAAAAAUCCAAAGCCACUGCAAACACCAAACCCAAACAAACUGCAGGGAAAAACUCAACUACACAACAAACAACACCUCAACAGCAAACGAAAAAACCUAAACCAAAACCACAAAAGGCUAAACCUUCGAACGAUACAAUACAGGAGGAGCAGUGGUCCAAAUGGCAGCAGAAGGACACGGAACUGGUAGAGAAAUCGUACAUGAGCGAUCUCGAGCAAGCGCUACUCCUUUCCAAGCUUGAUUUCGAAGCAAACAAAACAAAGUAUAAUCAGUUGGAACGAGAAUCGAAACAGUCAGCAGCCAAAGACAAAAAACCAAAAACACUAUCCUUACAAGAAUUCCAAGAGAAAGUCAGCAAGGAGUUGAAUGAAAAGCAGCUUCAGAAAAAGCGCCAACAGGAGGAGGCAGAGUAUAAUAGAAAUUACACGUUCUUCGAACAAAUCGAUCUCGAAACUAAACAAAUACUCAACAAGGAGCAGAUGAAAACGCUGUUACAACAAAACAAUUCCAAAUCGGCACACGGCAAAGAAUCUCCAAAGAAGGAUAGCUCCCCGGCGGCGGAACCAUGUCUCAGCGAAUUAGAUCUGCUUAAAGUUGAAAAUUUGAACUUAAAGGAAGAAAUUGCGCUUCUCCGUGAUCGAUACAGAAAGGUAAUUGCAAUGCUGAAGAAUGGAGAAAUGAAAGAGAAGACGGAGCUGAUGAUUGAAAUCGAAAAGCUACGAAAGGUACAGGAAGAUAUGACGGUAGAGAUGACCGCGCUGUACGGGCAGUUGGAACAAGCCAAGUCUCGCACGAAUCAAGAGUCCAAGGGAAAGGAAAAACCGACCAAUCGCGGAAUACAACAUUAG